UGGACUGAGAGCAGAGAGCUGGCGCCAAGCUUCAGCAUGUUCAGAGAGAGUUGAGCAGGUUACUGCGUUGACUUUAACUACUUUUCGCUGCGGUUUAAGACAGUCUGUGUUAACUCUUAACGUUACACUUUUCACCCAUGUAAACGUCUUUGACAGACAACCUGGAGCUACUAGGAAUUGUCGCAAAGUGCGUCAUUUUUUUUUAGCACUAACGUUACGUUAGUUUUGCGGCAGCUGAUUUACUAGCUAAGUUGCACACAAUGCCUUCACUCUCUCUCGAUGGAGUGACAGUGAAUUUCCCUUUUCCUCCAUAUGACUGUCAGGUGGACUACAUGAACAAAGUGAUCGAGUGUCUUAAGAAGAAGCACAAUGGGGUCCUGGAGAGUCCCACAGGUACUGGUAAAACUCUGUGCCUGCUGUGUGCCACCCUGGCCUGGAGAGAGUCCUUCAAGGACAACAUCUCUGCACGCAAGAUAGCCGAGAGGCUAGGCGGGGAGGAGAUGUUCCCAAAAACACCUCUGUCAUCCUGGGGGACGGCUGCUACGGACGGUGACACGCCAACCUACUACACCGAUGUUCCCAAGAUCAUAUACGCAUCCAGGACGCACUCUCAGCUGGCGCAGGUUAUCAACGAGUUAAAGAACACGUCAUAUAGGCCAAAGGUGUGUGUGCUGGGUUCAAGAGAGCAGCUGUGUAUCAACCAGGAAGUCAUGCGUCAGGAGAGCAACCACGUCAAGGUCCAUAUGUGCAGAGCAAAAGUCUCCACCAGGUCAUGUCUCUUCUACAAUAACGUUGAAGAGAAGAGCACUGACAGAGACUUGGCGAAUAAUAUCCUCGACGUGGAAGACUUGGUCAAAUUCGGCAACAAACAGAGGGUCUGUCCUUACUACCUCUCCCGAUCCUUGAAGCAGCAAGCAGACAUCAUUUUUAUGCCGUACAACUACCUGCUGGAUCCAAAGAGCCGCAGAGCGCACAACAUCGAGCUAAACGGAGCUGUGGUCAUCUUUGAUGAAGCUCACAAUGUGGAGAAGACGUGUGAAGAAUCAACAUCCUUUGACCUGACUCCCUACGACGUAGCCUCGGCCAUCACUGCUGUGGACCGGCUGCUGGUGGAGCAGGCUAAAGAAGUCAGCCACGGAGACUCUGUCCAAGACUUCAACGUAGAGUCGCUCAACUCGGGUUUUAAAAUGACCGUAGAGACCAUUGCUAAAAUCAAACCGCUGUGGAGGAGGAGUGAGUUGAAUAUGGGUUUUUGUAAUGCAGUGUCUUGUGUCUGUCUCAGCUUCAUCUAUGAGCUGUUAGAGAGAGCCCACCUGACCUACAAGAGCAAGACGGAGGUCUACGAAGCUCUGGAGCAGAUCACUGGAUACUUGGCAGGACAGCAAGGAGUGUUCCUGAACACAACGGGACUGCAGAAGCUUGCUAAUAUCAUCCAGCUGGUGUUCUGCGGUGAGCCGUCAGAAGAGGAGCGACAGCAGCAGAUGGAGUCCAACACGGCUUAUUUUAAGGUUCACAUCCAUCGAGACAACAGCCAUCACAAGAAAACGGCGAGCGCCGACGCGUGGGCGGCAUCUUCAACAAAGAAACAAGGCAACAUUCUGAGUUACUGGUGCUUCUCUCCGGGCUUCAGCAUGCAGGAUCUGGUGAAUCAAGGUGUUCGCUGCAUCAUUCUGACCAGCGGGACCCUCUCGCCGCUCGCCUCCUUCACCUCUGAGAUGAGGAUAAAGUUCCCCGUGACUCUGGAGAACAGCCACGUGAUCGAGCGGGACCAGAUCUUCGUCGGCAUCAUCGAAAGCGGCCCGGACGGCGUGCAGCUGAGCUCAGCGUUUGAUAGGAGGUUUCUUCCUGAAAACAUGGCGUCUUUAGGCAGCACUGUUGCCAACCUGAGCCGCGUGGUCCCUCACGGUCUCCUCGUGUUUUUCCCCUCCUUCCCGUUAAUGGAAAAAACCCUGGACUUCUGGAGAGCUAACGGACACGCAGAUCGCAUCGAGAACGUCAAACCCAUGUUUGUCGAACCCAAAGGAAAGGGCAACUUCAAUGAGGUUAUUGACGGAUAUUACAACAAAGUCAACGAUCCGACAUCCAAAGGAGGAACUUUCUUUGCUGUGUGUCGCGGGAAGGCGAGCGAGGGUCUGGAUUUCGCGGACACCUUUGGUCGUGGUGUGAUCAUCACGGGCCUCCCGUUCCCUCCCAGGAUGGACCCCCGAGUCGUCCUGAAGAUGCAGUUCCUGGAUGAGAUGAGUCGGAAGAAAACUCCCGGGGUCAAGUACCUGUCUGGACAGGAGUGGUACAGACAGCAGGCUUUCAGAGCUGUGAACCAGGCCAUCGGUAGAGUCAUUCGCCACAAGGAGGACUACGGAGCCAUCUUGCUGUGUGAUCAGAGGUUCAAAGGCUCUAAUGCCCGGGCUCAGCUUCCGUCCUGGGUCAGGCCGUAUGUGCGUCUGUAUGCCGGCUUUGGGAACGUAAUCCGGGACGUCUCGCAGUUCUUCAGGGUCGCGCAGAAAAUGAGGCCUGUGGUAGAGAAGAAGUCUGCAGCAGAAAGCUGUGAGACCGAGUCUUUACCCAACACUCUCCAGUCCCCUGGCUUCACUUCCUGCUCCUCCUCCCAAAGCUCCCACCCCCAGAAGGCCAAGGUGCUGGACGCCCACCUUCCCAGCCUGAAGAGGAGGAAACUCAACGAACACUCUGGAGCCAAUGGGAUGGCCAGGAUCUGUAUCGAGUACGAGUGUGAGCCGCAGGAGAGCCAGAAGAGACCAGCCAACCUGCUGGACGCUCUGGACCAAGGGGACCAUCGCAGGGAGGACGAUGACUCCGCUGUGGGAGAAGAGAAGGCAGACCGUCUGUCCACCCUGUCCCUUCAGUGUGACAAGAGGAUGGACGAUGAGUUGCGCGGAGGAAAACGUAAAAUCAAACUGGUCCAAGAACAGAGGUCGAGCGCGUCGGGGGCCGUCCCUGAGCGCGGGACAGCCAGCAGGGUGAAGGACUUCCUGGCCGAGAUGAAGACGUCCCUGAGCCGGUGUAGCUUUGACCGCGUCAUAAAGGCGCUGCAGACCUACAAGAAGACGGACGACCUGGACGUCCUGCUGGCUGAGACGGCCGUCCUAACCGAGGACGCCAAUACUCACGGCCUGCUGCGGGGCCUCUACCAGUUCAUCCGCCCCCACCACAAGAAGAGGUUUGAUGAGAAGUGCCGGCAGCUGACGGGGAAGGGCUGCGGAUACAAGCCUGAUCACUCGCUCUCUGUGGACGAGAAGAAAGCCCUGAUGCUGCAGGGCGCUGCAGCCAGUCAGCCUGUUGGGGGUCCAGGCUCCGCCUGCAGUCAGCUCAACACACAGCAGCUCAACAAAGGAGGACACCACCUAAACCAGCACGGACUGACACAACCUCACACUGCUGCAGCCAGUCAGCCUGUUGGGGGUCCAGGCUCCGCCUGCAGUCAGCUCAACACACAGCAGCUCAACAAAGGAGGACACCACCUAAACCAGCACGGACUGACACAACCUCACACUGCUGCUGCUCCAAACAGUGACGGCCCCGCUACCUUUCUGGCUGAUGUGAAAAAAGCCGUCGGAGCAGAAAAGUCAGCUCAGCUCUUCCAGGCCAUUCAGAGCUACAAGAAGUCCGACAACUAUGAAAACCUGGUGACCACGGUGGUGGGCUUAUUCACAGAGAGAGACGAGGACUUCAGCCUUCUAGUCCGAUUUGGCAUGUUUAUUCCCGCUCGCCAUAAGAAGCAGUACAAAGAGAUGGUGGAUGCUUUGAUCGGUAACUCCGUCUCUGGCGCUGAGGUUCCUGCUGUGAGUGAAGACCAGCAAAGACAAGCUUCAUCAUCACCGAAGAUGCAAAGCAAGCUCUCCAGCUUUUUCUCAAACAGCCAAAGAAAGUAGAAUCUGAGUUACGAUAGCGUCCAUGUAUUUAUAAACCGCUCGUAACGGAUACUGCUGACAAAACUAUGCACAAGCCAGGCUCUGUUCUGGGCCAGUGUAAUGUAAUUGUAAUUGUAAAUAAGGUGCGGUUUUCAAUUGUUUUGUAUGAAAUGAAUUUCAUGACAAUGUAAUAUGGAGGAAUAUUAUGUUUAUAUGAAGUUUUUAAAUGUCUUCAGCUAAUUAAAUUUAUGAAAGUA